AUGACCGUUUCAAUCCCUUCUUUGCAGAAAGCAGCUGUCAUCAAGAACCCUGGUGACGAAGCGCGAAUCGUCAUCCGAUCAGAUGUCCCAGUUCCCAGCCCUGGUAAAGAUGAGAUUUUGAUCAAGCUGUCCUGCACUGGCGUUUGUGGCUCAGAGUGCCGUGCCCUUUCAGGAUGGGGCCCCUACAAUCCUAUCGUUGGUCAUGAAGGCGUUGGAACAGUCGUCAAACUGGGCCAAGACGUUGACGCCAGCUUCCUCAACAAAAGAGUUGGCGUCAAAUGGCUGUACAGCGCCUGCGGAGAAUGCACAAUCUGCAAGCGGGGCUGUCAGAACAACUGUCCGAAGCAGCUCAACACGGGCAAGCACGUUCCUGGCACUUUGCAGGAGUACAUGGUCGCAGAUUCCAGGUUUGUUACCAAGAUUCCGGACGGGAUCUCGGACGAAGUAGCUGCUCCACUACUUUGUGCGGGUCUCACCAUGGCCGGGGCUGUUUCCGAACUCGACGGUUACGUCGAGAGUGGUGAGUGGGUUGUGGUGUCUGGUUCGGGCGGUGGUCUGGGACACUUGGGUGUCCAGAUAGCGAAGUUGUUGUUUGGGGGUUACCGAGUAAUCGGUAUCGACACCGGGGACGCAAGACGAAAGGUGAGCCUGGACAGUGGUGCCGAGCACUUCAUCGACUUUGCCACCGAGAACGUUGAGGAGAGGGUCAAGGAAAUCACUGGGGAGGGAGCAGCAGCUGUUAUUGUGGUGACUGGUUCUCAAGAGGCUUUCAUCCAAGCUCCAAACUUGGUGAGGAACAUGGGAAUCAUUGUCAUGGUUGGAUUGCCGAGGAAUGACUUCAAUAUUCCCAUCUCGGCGUCUGUCUGCUCGGCUCGAGGCCUUACUGUUACUGGUGUUUCAGUUGGCACAGAGGGACAGAUGGAGGACAUUCUGCAUCAUGCAAAGAAGGGCAUCAUAGUUCCAAAUGUCACAGUAGUCGGAUUUGACCAAGUCGGAAAGGUCAUCGGGGAUCUUCAACAACAGGCAGUCACUGGAAGGGUAGUUGUCAAGAUUUCAUAA